AUGAGUAUGCAAGCCGUAAAAUCCGCUCUGUCGACCAGCUCUUCGGUGUACCAGAAGAUGCAGGAGUCUCUUACAACGCUCCUCUCCCUAACCCGCCGUCCUCCUGCUGAUGAGAAAUCGGACUCAACGGCUACUCCUGGUGCCACUUCCUUCGGAAGUACUGCCGUCGGUCUCUCCCAACUUCUCUCGCAGUACCAAUCGGCUUCUGUGAUUGCAUUCCCAAAGUUCCAGAGUUUCAUCGACGGAGCGGUUUCCCAGGCUCAAGAGCUUCUCACUGAAAUUCGCCAGAAUGGUCCGACGGAAUUAGUUGUGGAGCAGUUGAAUGCCCUCACGCGAGGUCUGCACAGUACUCUCCUCUCUCUCAAUACCACUAGGACUGCUUGGUUCCAGGACCUGUUCUCUAAAAACAGCGAGGAGGCGGAGGAGAGGUCUCCUGCAGAACUCUCAUCGAUAUCUGCACAGCCUUCGUCGGCUGCUGUUACUACUGCCGAGCGUGAUCUGAAGGAAUCGCAACCUGUCGGACCUAAGCUUCCUACUGAUGCAAAGAAGGAGGAGGAGCAGUUAAUUGAAAAGCCUGGGUCUAGAAAAAAGGUAACACCGGGGGCAGCUGAGUCGCACGAGAUCCCUAAUCAGGCAACCCUAUCUGAUGAUACGUGCAAGACAAGUGAGGACGCCGGAAAGGAUUCUGCAACUCUGGAUCAUGUGAGCCGUGUUUUUUUAGAAUUGAGCUACAAUUCUUCGAUGCACCUUGAGCACAGUAUGGUGUCAUUUUCGGCUGACGUCGGGUGA